CUGUGUCAGGAAGCUUCAGUCGGAGGAUAAUUCAAUUCAACAAAUCUAAUCUUGAUGUUUCAGUUUGAGUAUUUGUAUGACGUUUUUUGUAAACGGAAAGAGAUUACGUUUUUACCCUGACAAGCUUGGCUGGUUCAUAAGAACAAGAAACAAACGUAUUACUAGAAAAUAAGCUGGAUAGAACAUGGCCAAAUGGUCCUAUGAUUGGCUAACAAAACAAGAGUGUGGUUAUGCUUGCCUGUUUUUCUGUUGAGAAAACAACAUUUCUUUGGUAGCGUGUCUAUCUGUUGUCAAGAAUUACAACAAGGUCUAAUCUGAAACAACUACCUGGGCACCAGUCCUUUUACAAAAAUGCAGUUUUUGAUCCAGCACACCUGGGAUAGCAAGCCUGUGAAUCAUGACCCCAUCAGGAUCAAUUUCUCCCCGGGACAAGGGGGGCUGAAGAUAGAGAUCUUUGGUCCCUUCUUCAAUGACCCAGCAGCUCCUGCAGGGCCCCCCAGUCUGCCCUUCCCUGGACUCUGGGAUUAUGAAGUUGUGGAGUCCUUCUUCCUGGAUAGUUCUACAGAAAAUUACCUAGAAGUGGAGUUUUGUCCACAUGGACAGCAUCUGAUAUUAUUGCUGUCAGGAGCUGGCCAAGCGUUCCAGCAACAACUGCCCAUGGUGUUCAAUGCUACGAUCGCAGGGGACAGGUGGAUGGGUGAGGCUCUCCUCCCCUGGUCGUACUUCCCUCCCAAAAUCAACAAGAUGAACUCGUACGCCAUCCAUGGCUCAGAAGAGAAGCGUACAUACGAGGCUCUCUACCCCAUCCCCGAGGAGGAGAUAGUGGAAGGCCAAAAACCCAACUUCCACCGCCUGGAGUAUUUCCAAAAUUUUCGCCUGCAAAGCAUCAUGGGAGAAGAUUGGGUCCAGCCAGAGUCUGGUCUGUGGCAUGGAAAGUCCUGAACUUUUCAAAAACACUCUUUUUUUUUUUUUUUUCCAUCUCCCUCUCUUUGUCUCUCUAUUGUACACACAGACGAGCGCGCACAAACACACAGACACACACACACACACACACAAACCACGGCAGCAGGGCAAGAGUGCAAACACACAACAUUGACGGAAAACAAAGGGCAAUCAAUCUUUAUUAGUUAAUGAUGCCAAACGAUAUGACAAGGAAUAUGUUAUCAGCUUGUCGGAGCGUAUUAGCCUUUGCACACAUCUGUACAAGCACACAGUCACACACGCAUCACAAGGUAUUAGACUUUGCCUUAAUUUGCCUUGGCAUAGUGUGACCUACAGUAGUUAUACUCUGGAUGGUGUCAAGGAAUGCUCGUCUUGACAUUCAGCUCCUGUGUAGCCUGUGCAUUUCACUACAGUGAAAUAAACCACAGCAGGUUCUUGUGAUCCUUUGCCCUGACUGCUACUAGACGCACACAAACAACUGUACACACACCAUUAUGGAAAAAUCUGUUCCUCAGAGAUGAAUGUUUUAUCCA